UUUAGUGUUGGGAAGCUUGGGGAAAUUUUUUUUCCUCAGAAAUCAUCUUACUUUCUUUAUGAGAAACUUCAACUAAAGUCAGCAGUCUGAUUAUGAUGUCUAUAACUAAGAAUGAAACUCUACAUAUCCUAUUAGAAUUGGAAUAGCUGAGAAUAACUACUUUGAUAUCCCUUUAAAAAUUUAAAAUACUCUUUGUACUUUAUGGAAGUAUGAACACAUGACUCUUUUUUAGCCUUUUCUAUUUGCAUAACGUAAAAUUGGAUGAUAGUGGGGAUACAUUGAUGUGCCAAUUAGAUGCAAGGGUUUUGUUCUGGCAAAUCAAUGAAUUCAGUUUCAGCUCUAAAAAAGCAAAUAUUUCAUCUUGCAAGAAAGAUACAAUGGGAUUCAUGUUCCAUCUCUCCAGAAAUUGCCUAUUGGGUAAAUGUGCAUUCAUGCAUUUGUGAUUUAUAUUUCUUUAUUGGGGAAUGAUGCUGACAAUAUGGGUUAGGUCUAAACUAGCUGUUGCUUGUUUAAAAAUUAAUUUUUCCUUAACUUUGAUCCUUUUCUUAGCUUUCUAUUAUGACUACCUUACUUCGAUUAAAUGUGCUUCUCGGGCCAUGGCACAUGGCACACAUUUUCCAGGGGAUGUCCCUAGAGUAAAUGGGCAGCUGGCCGUUUCUCGUGCUUUUGGAGAUAAAAGCCUUAAAUCACAUUUGCGAUCAGAUCCUGAUAUUCAAAAUACAAUUGUUGAUAUCAGCUGUGAUGUUCUUAUCCUUGCAAGUGAUGGUCUUUGGAAGGUUAUGGAUAAUCAGGAGGCCGUUGAUAUUGCAAGAAGAACUAGAGAUCCUAAGAAAGCAGCCGGGCAAUUAAUAGCUGAAGCAUUGAAAAGAGAGAGUAAAGACGACAUCUCUUGCAUUGUCGUUAGAUUUAGGUGAUGGACUUAUUUUCUCGUCUUUGCGUCACAUAUGAACUUAUUUUCUCACGUCUUUGCUUCACAUCUGCUGGGAAAUAAGAAUUAUAUUGCAUUACACCCAUAUAUUAUCGGCCCAAGAAUUUGAAAUAAUGCCCUGUUGGGGUAAAACCUCGUCCGAUGCUAAGCAGGAAAAUUUACAGAAGGAA